AUGUGGUGGAAAAUAAUAAUUCAUAGCUAGACCCUAAAAUUGCAAGACAACUGUAUUAAGAACUCUCACGAUGAAAGUUAGAUAUUGAAAAUGCGGGGUCAAAUCCAAUUGAAUCAAAGUCAAUUAUAGUUUCAAAACUAAAUCUAAAUACCUAAAAACUCUAAUAGUAAAAAUGAUUCUCAUACCUUUGGUCAACUAGAGAACAAUGAGUAAAUGGGCCAGCAAUCAGUUAAUCAUUUGCAGGCAAAUUAAUAAUAGACCUUUUAAUAAAAUUCGAUUUAACAACAUAGUAAUAGUUCAAAAAACCUAGAGUAAAACAAUCUUUAACAAUCAGAACUUUAACAAUAACAAUCUUAUUAAGCUGAUAAGCAAGUUUCUAAUCCUUUCUCUGAUAUCCAAUUUAAUCAGAAUAACUAGAAAAUUAAUAAUAAUUAGAGUUUAAAUCAACUUGCAUAACCUAAUACAGAUAAAUUAGCAUUUUAGAAUCUAACAUAUUUACCUUAGCCACCGUUAAAUAAAUAAAUAGUACCGAAUUUAAGCUUUCCUAUGCCGAUCGGACAUUAGACUAUUGACAUCAAUUCAAAUUUGAUGAAUUAGUAGCUGUUGAAUAAUACAAUUAAGCAAAUUCUAUCAUUUGAAGAAAUAAAAGAAUUUAAGCAGAAGUUAAUGCAUUAAGUCUCCUAGAAAAUAGAUAGAAUGCUUAUUGAAAAGCUUAUCAAUCAUUCAAAUCAAUAGCAAUAACAAUUGCCUAAGUUGGUUUUGCCCUAGGUAAACAAAGUCAAUAUUCCUAACUAAAACGGGUAUGCCAAUCAAUAGACUUUGAACUAUACAAAUGGUUUAUUGUCAUAGACAAAUAACACUGUUAGCUAAUUUUAGCAGAUGCCAUAAUAUAAUAAAGGGAUGAUUGCAUCAAUAAUGGGAAUGAGCUUGAAAGAAUCUCAGAAUAUGCUAAAUAAACUACAAUUAGACUGCAAUUAAACCAUCAAGCAGUAUAACAACAACAUUAAAUAUGGGAAUAUAAAAAUAUUUAACAUUGAAAAAGUUGAUAGAGAUCAAUGGGAUUAAGAUUAGACGAUUAGCUCUGAAGAGCAUUAGGUAUAGGCUGAACAAUACUGA